GUCAUUGCCACCAGCAUCCAGUUUGACUGGCCCGACCCGCCGCUGCUCAAAGAAGCGCCGGCGUUGGUGUUUCCAGGCGCGCUUCCGGCCCACCUCAGCGAGGCAGAGAUGGCAGCAGGACUCACGCAGCCCCAAGGCGGUCUUCUCCCUCAAGGGGACGCGAGCCGAGACGAGCGAGCCGGCAUGGGCCAGACUGUGGUGCGGCUUGUGGGUUUACUCCUUCUUGCGAAGCUCCUUGGGAGCCAAAGCAGCAAGUCGGCUAUUGGCUGGGGUGCCGCAUUCUUCGUGCACUGUUCGGUUGCCUAUGUCUCGUAUUACCGGUCCCAGACAUCACGGAAGCUGAAGUGA